CCUCCUCCACUCUACCCCAUCCACUCUUUUUUUUUCUUUUCAUCUCCUGCCCUGUGUCCCACCUCCUGGUUUUACUAUCAGCUUUCAGAGCUUCCAUUUACACACUGGCGGGGGGGGAGGGAAGAAAACAAAAUAAUAGAAAAGGAUACAAAAGACAAAACAAUAAGAAACAAUAGGGGGGAAAAACAAAAACAAAAGAAGACCCGGCCUCCUCCAAGUUGCAGCCUGGCAUCUCCUUGAAGAAAGAGACAGGAAGGAUAGGAAUAGACUAGAGAGAAAGCCAUUUUAACAUUUUAUCAAAAGCUGCAGCUUUCAGCUGAUUGAAGCAGACACCAGACAAAACCAAGAUGUCUGCUCGAGGAGGAAAGAAGAAAACUACCAAGCUGUCCCGCUCAGCACGGGCAGGAGUAAUCUUCCCGGUUGGUAGAAUGAUGCGUUAUUUGAGAAGAGGGACCCACAAGUACAGGAUAGGCAUGGGAGCACCUGUCUACAUGGCUGCCGUCAUAGAGUACUUAGCAGCUGAAAUUUUGGAGCUUGCAGGAAAUGCAGCCAGAGACAACAAAAAGGGCAGAAUAACCCCAAGACACAUCCUCCUAGCAGUUGCCAAUGACGAAGAGCUCAAUCAGUUACUCAGAGGAGUGACCAUCGCGAGUGGUGGGGUUCUUCCAAGAAUUCAUCCUGAGCUUCUAGCAAAAAAACGAGGUUCUCGUGGUAAGGAAACCAUCCUUUCUCAGCCAGUGGAGAAAAAAAAGAAAAAAAGUGGCAAAUCAAUUGAGAAGGUCCUCGCAAAAAAGCCAAAAUCUGGAAAAAAUAAAGUCUUGAAAAAGGACAAACAAGCAGAUGGAAAAGAAGGCGCAUCCAGUUCAACAUCAGAUGAUGGCCCUGGUGAUGGGUUCACAAUUCUCUCCUCUAAAAGCCUCUUGCUUGGACAAAAGCUGUCCUUGACUCAGAGUGAUCUUGCUCACAUAGGAUCAAUGAAAGUUGAAGGAAUUAUACAUCCAACAACUGCUGAAAUUGACCUCAAGGAAGACAUUGGAAACGCUCUAGAAAAAGCUGGUGGAAAGGAAUUCCUGGAAGCAGUAAAAGAAUUGCGCAAAGCUCAUGGACCAUUGGAACUCACUGGAGCUGCCCUCAGUCAAGCCAAUGGACUAGCAGCCAAGUUUGUCAUCCACUGCCACAUCCCACAGUGGGGAUCGGACAAAUGUGAAGAGCAGCUGGAGAAGACCAUCAAGAACUGUUUAUCUAUUGCCGAGGACAAGAAACUGAAGUCUGUAGCAUUUCCAUCUUUCCCUAGUGGCAGAAACGGGUUCCCCAAGCAGACAGCAGCUCAAGUCAUUCUGAGAGCCAUCUCGAGCCAUUUUGGUUCCUCCAGCUCUUCCACCGUGAAGAACAUUUACUUCUUGCUAUUUGACAGUGAAAGCAUUGGCAUCUAUGUGCAAGAAAUGGCAAAGCUUGAUACAAAGUAAAAAGACAUAACAGUGGCUUCACAGACCAGAAGAGUUAAAUACCUGGGAGGAUUAAAAGACCUAAAGCUGAUGUUUUAAUGUAUUGAAAUAAGAAGCUGUGAACCUUGUUUGAAGUUUGUGAUUUGAGGACAGCAUUUGAAUUUAUUUUUUUCUAUGGGUGAGGAGGUAUGUUUGCCUAAAUGAUCCUCGUUGUGAAUUCCUUCUCUUUCUGUAACAAGCCAGCAACCCCUUUGCAUUUUUAUAGAAGUUGAAACAAAGAAAUAUAUCCCUCUGUUGUUGUCACUAAUGUCUUUUUUCAAGGAUGCUGUUCCCAUCGAUCUCUUACUUUCUCUCUGUCAUUAUUUUAGACUUCGUGUUAAAAAAAGACAUACUUGUUUUAGAUUUGUAGUAUUGGAUUUUACAAGAGAAAUAAGACCAUGGGAUUAUUUAAAAAAAAGUUAAGCAAAA